UGCCACCCCCGCGCCAUGAACCUGCCGGUGCCGCCCCCUCCACGCCGAGUGCGGCUGAAGCCCUGGCUGGUGGCCCAGGUGAACAGCCGCCAGUACCCGGGGCUGCAGUGGGUCAACGCCGAACGCAGGCUCUUCUGCAUCCCCUGGCGCCAUGCCACCCGCCAUGGGCCCCCGCAGGACGAUGACAACACCAUAUUCAAGGCCUGGGCCAAGGAGACGGGCAAGUACACGGAGGGGGUGGAUGAGGCGGAUCCGGCCAAGUGGAAGGCCAACCUGCGCUGUGCCCUGAACAAGAGCCGCGAAUUCAGCCUGCUGUACGACGGGCCUCGGGACACGCCACCUCAGCCCUACAAGAUCUACGAGGUCUGUGCCACCGGCCCCACCCCGCCAGGGUCCUUGAUGGGCGAGGAGUAUGGCUGUGGUCCAGGGGAGGAAGAGGAAGAAGAAGAGGAGCUGCAGCAAAUGCUACCAACUCUGAGUAUCACAGACCAGGGCCAGGUCCCAGUCCCGGUCCCGGCUAUGCAGCCCUACCCCUGGCUGAAGCACGAGCUGAAAUGGCCGCCCGGCUACGAGCCGCCCUUGGGUUUGGGCCCCUCCCCUGCUGCGGCGGCGGCCCUGGCCCUUCCCCCUGGACCCCCUGCUGGCUUCGGGGAGCUGCUUCCAGGGGGCUUGCCAGGCCUGGAGCCCGGACCCCUGGGCUCCAACCCCGCUCCUCCUGCGGAACAGUUGCUGCCGGACCUCCUGGUCAGCCCGCACAUGCUCCCACUGACCGACCUGGAGAUCAAGUUCCAGUACCGGGGCCGGCCGCCCCGCGCCCUGACCAUCAGCAACCCCCACGGCUGCCGCCUCUUCUACAGCCAACUGGAGGCCACGCAGGAGCAGGUGGAGCUGUUCGGGCCCGUGAGCCUGGAGCAGGUACGCUUCCCCGGCCCCGAGGACAUCCCCAGCGACAAGCAGCGCUUCUACACCCUCCAGCUGCUGGACGUGCUGGACCGGGGGCUGAUCCUGCAGCUGCAGGGCCAGGACCUGUACGCCGUCCGCCUCUGCCAGUGCAAGGUGUUCUGGAGCGGCCCCUGCGCCAAGCCCGACCACCCCGGCCCCAACCCCAUCCAGCGCGAGAGGAAGACCAAGCUCUUCAGCCUCGAGCAGUUCCUCAACGAACUCAUCCUGUUCCAGAAGGGCCAGGUGCCCACCCCGCCGUCCUUUGAGAUCUUCUUCUGCUUUGGCGAGGAGUGGCCGGAUCUCAAGCCGCGGGAGAAGAAACUCAUCACCGUGCAGGUGGUGCCCGUGGCAGCCCGGCUGCUGCUGGAGAUGUUCUCGGGGGAGCUGUCCUGGUCGGCCGACAGCAUCCGGCUUCAGAUCUCCAACCCGGACCUCAAGGACAGGAUGGUGGAGCAGUUCAAGGAGCUGCACCAGAUCUGGCAGUCGCAGCAGCGGCUGCAGCCCACCCCAGCUGGACCCUCGAGCCAGGACGCGGGCACGGGACCCUGGCCCAUGCACCCAGCGGGCAUGCGCUAGGAUUGCCGCUGGCAUCGCCUCCCUCUUCUCGCUCGGCCGUGCCCACCGGCCUGCCUCUCCUCAACUCAUGCCGAGGUGCCAACGGGAUGCAGGCCCCUCCCCACCUUGGCCUUCCGGAGUCCUGCUGAGAACCUGCAAGCUGCCCUGGGGAGGAGAGGACAGGCCAGGACAGGACCGGACAGGAGGCCCAGCCCCGGCACGACAGCUGGGAUCACCACUCUGGCUGCUGGGGUAGGUGAUGGAGGCUCCAGGGAAGAGCCAGGGUGGAUGGGGCAGGGCCUCGGAGCUGCCGCCGCCACCGCUAACUUGGGGAGCGCCACUCCCAGUGGGUGCCACCUUGCACCUGGGGGGAAUUGCUAGUGGUGUCGGUCCAGAGAAGCCCCGAUUGCCCCCGCUCCCCGACUCCGGGGCUGUAGCGCUGCCCUCUCUCAGCUGCACGAGGUGCAAGUGGCUGGGACAUCCCAAGUAGGGGUGCAAACUGCAGGGAUGGUUUCUGGUAGAGGGCAGGGGUCCCCUCACAUGGCCCUCUGAGCCGCCCCGGUCUCCCUGAGGCAAAGGGGAAGCUGAGGACAGGUUCCUCCAGCUGGCUACAAGUAGCUGCCCUAGGGGCAGGGGACCACGGGACUGGUUAUGGGGCCUGAGCUGCUUUGUUAAAUAAACUUCCUUAGACUUG